CCCAUCGUGUUGGCAAGCCCUUCUGACCACCUUGUUCGUGAGCAACGGUGACAGCCGAGUCGACGAUGGCCAUCUCAACAUAUGACCAAGCUACGUCAGACGCGAUUGAACUUGCCAGGCUCGGGUAUAAGCAGGAAUUCAAGCGCGCUUUCUCUCCACUGCAUGUCUUUGGACUCGUUUUCAGCAUAUUUGGGUUAUUCUCUUCGAUCUCAUCAGUUCUCGUAUAUGCACUUCCCUACGGAGGGCCCGUGGCUAUGGUCUGGGGCUGGGGGGUAUGCAGUUUCUUUCUCCUGCUAGUAACGAUGUCACUCGCCGAACUCGGCUCGGCUGCACCUACCUCUGGAGGCCUGUACUACUGGUCAUUCAAGUUUGCAUCACCUCGAUGGCGUAGACUGAUAUCAUGGAUCGUCGGGUAUUCCAACACGAUCGGUCUCGUCGCUGGUGUCGCGUCGACAGAAUGGGGAUGCGCCGUUCAGUUGAUGGCGGCUGUCAGCAUCGGGUCCGGGCAGACAUGGUCCGCAACGACAGGACAAACAUAUGCCGUCUUUUUGCUACUACUGUUCCUGCAUGCUGCUACGACCUCCCUAUCCACUUCAAUCAUCGCGCACCUUCAGACCGUCUACGUCGUUUUGAACAUCGUACUCUGCCUCGCGAUAAUCAUCGCCUUGCCUAUCGCGACUCCCGCGGAGUUCAAGAACAGUGCCAGCUACGCAUUCACCGGGUUCGUCAAUUACAGUGGCUGGACGGACGGUUUCGCCUUCGUUCUGAGCUUCCUGGCGCCGUUAUGGACGAUAUCUGGUUUCGAUUCGGCUCUCCAUAUUAGCGAGGAAACCCACAAUGCUCGCUUCGCAGUGCCCCUCGGACUCGUUGGUGCAACAGCCCUCGCCGGUGUGAUGGGAUGGGCAAUCAAUGUUGUGCUCGCGUUCAACAUGGGAAAGGACAUCGAUGGGCUUCUGGACAGCCCAAUUGGACAGCCGAUGGCAGCAAUACUGCUGAAUAGCCUCGGACAGAAGGGAAUGCUGGCGAUAUGGUCCAUUGUCGUAGCGGUGCAGUAUAUGGUGGGCACGAGCUGCCUCGUUGCCUCUUCUCGCCAGACAUUUGCCUUCGCGCGCGACGGCGGUCUACCCUUCUCGCGCUUCCUCUACCGAGUCCAUCCUCGCACUCAAACUCCGAUAACGUGCGCCUUCGCGGUGGCAUUCAGCUCCGCGUUGCUUGGAUUGCUGGCCUUCGCUGGUGAUGCAGCCACAUCUGCUCUGUUUGAGCUGGGUGUUGUUGGACUCUACAUCGCGUACAUCGUCCCGAUCGCGUGCCGAUUCGCGGGAGGAAAGGCAUGGGUACCCGGUCCGUUCAAUCUCGGCAAACUGGGCCUCCCUGUAGCAGCUGUCGCGCUCCUCUGGAUGAUUUUCAGCAUCAUCAUCCUGAUCUUCCCCUCAUCCCCUGCCCCGGAUGCUCCGAACAUGAAUUACACGGUUGUCGUGCUCGCUGCGUGGCUUGCGCUCUGCUUGGGAUACUACUACAUGCCGGUCUACGGCGGCGUAUACUGGUUCAAGGGCCCUAUUGCUAAUGUCGACGUUGACGAAGGAAAGCAGGCCGAGAGUGAAGAUCUCGGGAAGGAAGGGAUACGCGCGAGCACGAGCAGCGUAGACGAGAAGUCCGAGGCGGUAACGGUAUUUUGAACGACUCUGUCAAUUCUGUCAACACGGGUUUACAGUCUCUGUCACGUUGAGACUCCCACAAGUCUAGAAAGAGUAGCACCUGAUGCUAGGUAGUAUGGUGAAUACUCGAAGCAUGUUGGCUACAGUGCGAUGCGGUUUACCGCCCAUACAAGUCCACACGGUAGAGGGUGCCUCGAGGAUCGCUGCUUCUCGGAAUAGCUAUGACCUCUACGGAUCCGCGCGUCCGAGACUCAAAUCCAGUGGCAGGAGUGACUCGUUAUCUUGGAGCAGGCUCAUGUUAGACCAGCUCUAAUUAUGGCCGGGUUCUUGGUUAUCGAUGUGCGUACAC